AUGCUAAGUAGAUUCCUCACUCCAUAUGUGAGUGAAUCUUUGUGUAAUAAUACCGAAUCAUCUACGACAUCUACGUCGUCUAAAACUUCCAGUGGCUCUACAACUUCCAGUAGCUCUAUCAUUUCUAUCAUUUCCACCACCUCUAUAUCCUGCACAACAUCUACAACUUCUAGUAGCUCCACCACUUCUACGAUAUCUACAAAUUCUAGUAGUUCUACCACGUCCAAUACUUCGAACACUUCUAGCAGUUCCAUAGCCCCUGCACCAUCUACUUCCCCUACACCAUCUACCACUUCUGAAUCGCCUGCCUUUUCUGAGCCGUCUACUAUUUCUGGACCACCUACCGCAUCAGGAUCAUCCACCAAUUCUGAGCCGCCUACUACGUCUGGGUCAUCCACCAUAGCAGGACCUUCUACAGCACCAGCCACUACUCCUAAAUCUUGGGAGUUUCCACUAAAUCUACUAUACAAACCACCACAUUAA